AUCAUCACUGGAGGCCAAUUACGGGAAAAAGUCAACAACUGCAAAACAAGAAAAACGAAGUUUAUGUGCAAAAAAGCAUUUUAUUAUUUAAGUUUUAUUAUAUUUUAGUGAAAUCAUGUUUUCCAAGAAAAAGAAAAAACCUCUAAUUUCGAUGCCGAGUAAUUUCGAACACCGCGUACACACGGGUUUUGACAAACGCGAACAGCGUUAUGUGGGGCUUCCAUUGCAGUGGGCAUCGAUUGUAGGCAAUAAUCAAAUAUUGAAAUCAACAAAUCGACCACUUCCAUUGGUUGAUCCCUCUGAGAUUACGCCAACUGAAAUUUUGGAUUUGAAAACUAUAGUACGGCCACACCACAAUAACAAUAAGGCGGAUGCAACAUCCUUAAAUAGUAGCAUAGCUAUGCAGUCAGCAGGUGGAGUGGGUGCAGUCGCUAGUGGACCAGGGGGUAUUGGCCAACACAAUCAUGCAAUGGCUGCUGACAAUGGCAGUGCCACAGUUGGAGCUGGAACGGGAGGUGGCAUAGUUCUGCCUAAAACAUCUCAUGUAGCAAGGUCAAAUUCAUUGCGCAGCUCAAGUCCGCCCAGAAUUAGAAGAGAUCUGAGGGGAAACGCAAAUGUGCCGCCAGCAGUUCCAGAGGAAUCUAUAUCGCCUAGUACAGUUACCACUAUGUCGGGUCAUUUAAUGAAUGCCAAUGCCAUGACGGGCUUUAAACCAACGCAACAGUUACAACCGAACACUAUGUCUGGUGGUGUUGGUCAGGGUGGGGCUGUCGGUCAUGGUAUGUAUGGCUCGCAACCAACACAGAAUGGCCUAACUGGAGGUGGGCCUUUAGCGGUACGAACUGAUUUUAGUACACAACCUGCAGCUAGUACUCUCCAAUUCCGGCAAGGAGCUACACAUCUACAUGCCCAACAAACUUCACCUGUAGGCUCCAUUGCGAGCAAUACUCGUUCGACCCAUUCACAUAUAUCUUCGCAUUCGCACGGACAUCACAUGAAUAACAAUAACACAACAAACUUAAACAACUUACCGAUAUAUCCUUCACCACAGGGACAAAUGCAUGCACCACCAGCUAUACCGCCACAUGGACAACAUCACCAUCAUCAUCAGCAGAUGCAACAUUUGACGCAGCAACAAACUGCUAAACCAUUGGGCGCUGGUGGCAGUGUCGUUAUGACAGCUGAUCAGAAUCAAAAUCCACAUCAUCCACAUUUACUUGCAAAAACUGCAUCUCGGGCGUCCAGUUCGAGUGGUGGGGCCAGUGGUAUUGGGGCAACAAGUGCAACAGGCGGUAGUACAGCAACAGCUGGCCAACCUAAACAAGAACCGCGGUUAACCCAUGAACAGUUUCGUUCUGCACUACAAAUGGUAGUUUCGGCCGGUGAUCCACGUGAAAAUUUAGACAAUUUCAUGAAGAUAGGUGAAGGCUCAACAGGCACAGUUUGUAUUGCCACUGAUAAAUCAACGGGCCGACAAGUUGCGGUUAAAAAAAUGGAUUUACGAAAACAACAACGCCGUGAGCUACUGUUCAAUGAGGUUGUUAUCAUGCGAGACUAUCACCACCCCAAUAUUGUGGAAACAUAUUCAAGUUUUCUGGUCAACGAUGAACUUUGGGUAGUUAUGGAGUAUUUGGAAGGCGGUGCCCUAACCGAUAUCGUAACACAUUCUCGCAUGGAUGAGGAACAAAUUGCAACAGUGUGCAAACAAUGUUUAAAGGCAUUAGCUUAUUUACAUUCACAGGGCGUUAUACAUCGUGACAUUAAAUCGGAUUCAAUUCUGCUGGCAGCAGAUGGGCGUGUUAAACUGUCCGAUUUUGGCUUUUGUGCACAAGUGUCACAGGAGUUGCCAAAACGUAAAUCCUUAGUUGGAACACCAUAUUGGAUGUCACCGGAAGUUAUAUCGCGUUUACCAUAUGGGCCGGAAGUUGAUAUAUGGUCACUUGGCAUAAUGGUUAUUGAAAUGGUCGAUGGAGAGCCACCAUUCUUUAAUGAACCACCAUUACAGGCAAUGCGACGUAUACGCGACAUGCAACCACCAAAUUUGAAAAAUGCUCACAAAGUAUCACCGCGGUUGCAAUCUUUUCUGGAUCGUAUGUUAGUGCGUGAUCCAGCACAAAGAGCAACUGCAGCUGAAUUAUUGGUUCAUCCUUUCUUAAGACAGGCCGGACCACCUUCAUUGUUGGUACCGCUAAUGCGUAAUUCAAGGCAACAUUGAUUUGCUUAUUUUUUAUAAUUACAUUUUAUCUACACUUCAUUUUAUGGCAAGUUUUGUUUUAAAUCUAAUACAUUUUCCAUAUCGUCAAACCCUUCCGUCCCUUUUCCCUUAAAAAAAAAACAUUCCCCUUUUACAAAAAGUAUUUUUCUCAUUGAAAAUUAAAUGUAUUCAUUUUGGCAGUAUGUACUACUCUUAUAAAUAAUAAUUAUAAUAAUAAUAUGUACUCGUAUUAAACAAUUAUCGAUUUUACACGAAUUAUUAUCUAUUUUUGUUUUACUUAUUUUAUUAUACAUAUACAUACAUAUAUAUUUUUUAAUUAUUUUUAUUUAUGAUUUUAUUUGGCAUUUAUUUUGUUUAGUUCUUAAUUUAUAUAAGCAUAUAAUAUGUGUGUGUGUAUUUUUUUAUUAUUAUUUCCUUUAUUAAGUGCCGUUAAGAAAUGAUUAAAGUCAAAUAUAUAAAAACCAAUCACAUAUACAUACAUACAAUAUACUAUAAUAAAAUAUUUUAAAUAGAAUCCAAUAACAAUAACAUACUUUUAAAAAAAUAAGUAUGAAACAAGCAUCCUUUUGAAAUAGAGUGCCUUUAUGUUUGUGACUUCUAAAUACCAGAUACAUACAUAUGUAUUUACAUAACACAACAACGAAUAAGUCUUUUUUAAUGUUUAAAAACAAUCGUAAGAAUCUUAAUUUUCAUACAUUCCUCGAAUAUAUUGUAAAAGAACUUGUUUUAUUGAAAAGUUUACAUUUACAUAAACAUACAAUCAUUUCGUUUUUUUUUUGUUUAGAUUUACAAAAUUUAAUUGUGUAUCUUUGAAUAAUGUUUUACAAACAUUCCUAUUGAGCCUGUGAACACUUUUAGAGAAUCGGCUUUAAAAAUUUGUUAUAUAUCGCUUAAAUCAAGUCAAUUAUUGAAAUUCUUAUGUAUUGUUAUGUUCUUUAUUUAAGAAUUUAAUUAUUCUACAUAUACAUAUAAAAAAUAAAGUUUAAGAUUUUAUUAACCCUUAUAUAAA